GUAAUUGAUAGCUCGACCAUGGCAAAAGCAACCCCAUUGACCUCAUAGAUUCCUCAUUUAUAAACAAACACCAGCUGCCUGUCCUCGAAUUGCUUGUGUUAUUUAUCUUUUACCUCUAUAAUAAGCAAGUCAUUGCUCUUCUGAGUAUGAACCACGACUACGACUCCUUGUAGACUUGGUCAAUUGCCGUUUGAGGAUCAGUCUUGCUUCAAACUUUGCUUAGUUUGGCUUUGCUUUCUAAAGAGAACCUAUUGUUCUGUUAUAGAAACUAGUGUCGUCAUCUGGCGUCUGACGAGGGCUCCAGGUCCUGUAACCAUGGACACCUUACUUACUGCAGAGAUAGUUGCGAAUUCUCCAAGGUACCGGAGAAGGUCAAGCACUUUCAUCGAUGGCGUCCACGAUCUUCCAGAUGAGUCCGAGAAGACCGAGUUGGCUCCGGCCCAACUUUAUAGCACGAUGUCUGGCCGGCUCUUUCACUCUGGUAGGAUUGUAAUUGUACUAGUUGGACCUCCUGCUCGUGGGAAAACGCAUAUUUCUGUUUCCCUAGCAAGAUAUUUGAGAUGGUUGGGCGUGAAGACCAGAAUUUUCCAUUUGGGUGAUUACCGCCGUGCCACUCUUGAACCCGGCAAGGAGCUCCCGGAAGAUUACUUCUUCAUCCGUGCGUCUCCCGAAUCUGUCCUUUUGCGUCAGAUAAUUCUCAAGAGGUGCCGUGGAGACAUCUAUAACUGGCUCAACCAUGAGAAUGGCCAGGUUGCGAUUUAUGAUGCGGUCAACCCUCUGGCAUCCGGUCGACGUGCUCUAGCAAAAGAGUUUGCAAAGCACGAUGUACAGACCUUGUUUCUUGAAUCAUAUGUGACAGACGAGUCGAUUCUCGAGGAAAAUGCUCGUAGCGUUAAGAUCUCUUCACCAGACUUUGCGAACUGGGACCCAAAUGAUGCUGCCAAAGAGUAUCUGAGGAGAAUUCUCACAAGAAUCCCCGACUUCCAGACCAUGGCGGAAAACGAACUCAACUUUGUGAAGUUAAUUAAUGCUGGUCAAAGGAUUGAGACAAAUAAUGUGAACUUUGGCUACCUCUCGAUGAGAGUUGUGUUUUAUUUAAUGAACUUACACAACAAGAGCAAGAGGACAUUCUUUGUUCGGGCAGGCACUUCGCGAGAGGAGGACUCCUUUAAGGCCGAUGCACACCUAUCCCCAGAAGGCAAGGAAUAUUCAAACAUUAUGGGAGAAACCCUCUUGAGGCAUAGGGAGAAGGAUCAUGAGGCCUAUCUCGAAGCUGGCGGUACUGAAGCCGACCUGAAGCCCCUGAUUGUAUGGAGCUCGACUCGGAGGAGAACUGUUGAAACAGCUGACUUCUUUGGGCAUCGUGGAUACACAGUCACCCAGAGGCCCCAGUUGAGCCAACUAAACCCAGGCGUCUGUGAGAAGAUGCCAGAGGAGGCACUUCGCGCACAGUAUCCCGAAGAGGUCGCAAAACACGAGAUUGACCCAUACCACCACCGCUAUCCGCGUGCUGAGUCAUACCACGAUGUCGCUGUUAGAAUGGAGCCCAUAAUUCUGGAGCUAGAGCGCGAGAAGAGUGACCUCCUUAUCAUUGCCCAUGAAUCUGUCCUCCGAGUCUUGUACGGAUAUCUCAUGGCCUGCGACGCAAUGGCCAUUCCCAAACUUCGCUUCCCCCGUGAUACGAUUAUUGAGAUUGUACCCGCGAGUUACCAGAAUGAAGCCAGGCGCAUCCACAUUCCCAAUCUUCCACCUCAUAUCAUCCCCUCCUCGCCCGAAGACCUGAAGCUUCCAGUUGUCAUGAGUGGCAUUGUCACUCCGAGCUCUGGCAUAGGGUCUCCAGCUGAGCCGAUCAAGACGAACCUUCAUAACAAUACCCUUAGAAGGAUCCAUGAAGGGGCCGUUAAGAUUGUGACCCCCGAGAAAGCGAAAGACUCACUUCACGAUACAAUUCUCAAAUCAUUCGAUGAAAAGACCCUCGAAAGGCUCAGGAACAAAUAAAACUGCGCGCUAAUUUAUUAUGGAAUAAGCGUUGCUGAUUAUUUACGAUAAGACGUUGAGAGACUGUAUACGCACCCAGUCCACGUAUGUCCGUUCGCGCAUCAGGUCCAGAAUUACACGAUAACGGAGUCUCCAGCUCUAAGGCUGUAAGAGAACAAAAAUUGCUUGGAAUAGUUUUUGGAAUAUAGUCUUAGUUUAUUAAUUUCCUUAGAGUCGUCCUUCAAAUAUUACACAUGCUGCACGGGUGGCUUGCGUUUUGAUG